GUGGGCAUUCUAUAUUCAUAGUUUUUGACCCUUGACUAGGAUCCAGCAUGAAUAAUGGAUGAAUUGGUUAAUACUUCUUGCUUAAACUGCAAUAACUUAAAGAAAAUGUAUAAUUACCUUCGACACAGCUUUGACAAGUAUUUCAGCCUAUGAUCUGAACUCACAACAGAAGUUUUUGAUUAAUUGAGCAAGCCGAUUACCUUUGCUUCCCCCCAUGUUUUCAGUGUUCAGGUUGCUGCUUAUUGUACUUCUCAAUUCUGUUUUCUUGAAACACUCAGGAUUUGCUCAAGAUAGAAACCAGUUCAUCUACCAUGGCUUCAACGAAUCCAACCUGAAUCUCAACGGGAUUGCAAAAAUUCACCCCAAUGGCCUAUUGGAGUUAACAAACAUUUCAUACUACCAAAUUGGCCGUGCUUUCUUUCCGUUCCCUCUCAAGUUCGAUAAGUCUUCACCCAAAAAUGCUGAGUCUCUCUCAUUUUCUACCAGUUUCGUUUUUGCCAUUGAUCCUGAGAUUCCUACUCUUGGGGGCCAUGGGCUUGUUUUUACUAUAUCUCCAACUGUGGAGUUUAUAGGGGCUCUGGGGAUACAAUACUUGGGACUCUUUAAUUCAUCAACCAAUGGCCGGGACUCAAACCAUGUCUUUGCUGUUGAGCUUGACACUAUAUGGACUCCUGAUUUUAGAGACAUCAAUGACAACCAUGUUGGGAUUGAUGUGAAUGGCUUGAUAUCUAAUGCAUCAGCCUCAGCAACAUACUUUUCAGACAAUCAAAACAAGAGCUUAGAGCUCAUAAGUAGAAGUCCAAUGCAGGUGUGGAUAGAUUAUGAUGCUGUGGAGAAGUUACUGAAUGUAACACUAGCGCCUAUAACAAGCAAGAAGCCAGAAAAGCCUCUCUUGUCAACAACUAUUGAUCUUUCUAUAGUACUCUUGGAUUCUAUGUAUGUUGGUUUUUCUUCAUCUACAGGAUCUAUGGCAAGCUAUCAUUAUAUUCUUGGUUGGAGCUUCAACAGAAGUGGGCCCGCACAAAGUCUUGAUAUGUCAAAGCUUCCUUCCCUUCCACCGAAACCAAAAUCAGGUAAAAAACCAAAUUUAAGAAUUAUGAUCCCGUUGAUAACAGCAAGUAUUGUUCUAAUCACAAUCUUUGGAGCUGUCUAUAUAAAGAGGAAGAAAUAUGAAGAAUUGCAUGAAGAUUGGGAACAAGAAUAUGGCCCGCAAAGAUUCUCUUACAGAGAUCUCUACAGAGCAACAAAAGGAUUCCAAGACAAAGAACUUCUGGGAUCUGGGGGUUUUGGAAAGGUUUAUAAAGGAGUUUUACCUUCUUCCAAUACACAAGUUGCAGUCAAGCAGUUUUCCCAUGGUUCCCAACAAGGAAUGAAGGAAUUUGUAGCUGAAAUUGCCAGCAUGGGCAGGCUACGACAUAGGAAUCUGGUUCAGCUUCUAGGCUAUUGCAGGCGAAAGAGAGAGCUGCUCUUGGUAUAUGAUUAUAUGCCAAAUGGGAGCCUUGACAGAUUCCUAUUUCAGAAUGAUACACUAAACCUGAAUUGGGUUCAACGACAUCAGAUCCUGAAAGGAGUUGCAUCUGCUCUUCUUUACCUCCAUGAAGAGUGGGAUCAAGUUGUUCUACACAGAGAUGUGAAAGCUAGCAACGUUAUGUUAGAUGCUGAACUUAAAGGAAGGUUAGGAGACUUUGGAUUAGCUAAAUUCUAUGAUCAUGGAUCACUUCCACAAACAACACGUGUUGUUGGAACUAUAGGAUAUCUUGCACCAGAGAUUUCAAGAACUGGCAGGUUCACAACCAGCAGUGAUGUUUUUGCUUUUGGAACACUUAUACUGGAAGUGGCUUGUGGAAGGAAGACUAUAGAGCCAGAAAGACCCCCCAGGGAAGUGAUUCUGGUAGACUGGGUUCUUGAAUGUUGGAAAAAAGGUGUCAUUCUUGACACAAGCGAUCCUGAAUUGCAAGGUAAGUAUAUGGCGGAGGAAAUGGAAUUUGUUUUGAAGCUAGGCCUGCUUUGUGCUCACCCUGCGCCAGCAGUCAGGCCUACUAUGAGGCAAGUGAUGCAAUAUCUAGAUGGAAAGGCCGACUUACCAGAUAUACCACUGAAUAGUCCUCGUACAGGGUUGGUCCUAGUUAACCAGAAUGAAGCUGAGGAUUGCAUUUUAUCAUCUGUAGCAUCUUACGAGUACUCUAGUUUGUCUAUCACUGCCUCAGUCCUCAGCACUGGUCGCUGAAUCUGCACAAUUUCACGACAUAGGAGGUAAGCAUUCCUUAAACCAAGGAGGGACUGUUCAUGUUUGGCCUACAGUUGCAAGCUUGGAAUUGGUUCCACCAAUUUGAUGCCGUGAAAUUGGCGAAGCUGAACCUUGAGGAAUAUGCUGUAAAUAUUUCAGAUGUUUCUGUAAAAAUUUAUUACGUACUAAAAGGGCAUCCUUAGGUUCCUGAUUGUACCUAUUAAAAAAAUUAUGUUAGUUUUGGGUUAUCUAUUGCUAAUGUUAGGAGUUUGUUAUACUUUAACCAUAAAUAAUAACAUAAAAUUAGUUGAUAUGUAUUUUAAUA